AAGAUUCUGAAAACCACUGUGUAGUUCAACAAAAUUACUCAUGCGAUGAUUUGGAGUGAUUUACUGUAAGCCUUUCCUAACAUGAAAAUGCGGGCUUUCCAUAACCGUCAAGUAGCGCCGAUUGAAGGCCGCCCGUCUGUACUCCAUUCAUGGGGUUUCUUCUGCUUUCUUCAGGAGACCGAGGAGGACAAACAGCCCGUGCUCUAUGUGGACGUCAAUGUGACACCGGGGCAGGCUCCUGAGCGCAUUGUGCUGUUCCAGGGUCAGAACAUCAGCGAAGUGGCCGCAGAGUUCAGUGCCAAGCACGUGCUGUCGCCUGCCAUGGCGCAAAAACUCCAUGGACUGCUGCGCGAGGUGGUGCUGAAACAGGAACUGCAGAACCACAUGAAGUGAUGGGCGAGGUGGUGCUUCCUGGGCCGUUGGGGAU